AUGAAAUUAAAAAUGACUGUGUUAAAGAGCUUUCUUGAGAUCCAAUUAAUACUAUAAGAAAUAAUAACUUUUUAGCAACAAUCACCCCUUCAUGCUUAAGGCUCUUCCUUUUCAUAAUAUCAAUUUACGAAUCUUUUUAUGAGAAAAUUUAAGAGAUUAAUAUUAAAAUACAAGUUAUAAAAGAAUACGCAAGUAUAUUUUAGAUAUAAUUUCUCAGAUUAUUUUCUUUUUUUGAGUAGAGAUAUAUUAAAGUCUUAAAAAGAAGAUCCCAACUAUUUGCUUAUAUAACAUAUACUAGGCCUUUAAAUGAUAAUAUUUAAUUAAUAGUCAUCCCUAAUUUAUUCAAUUUAUGUAUGA